UGCCUGUUCCGCGUCAACGCACUCUCUCUGGUCUACCUGCUGUCACUGCUGCUGCUGCCCUGGCUCCCGGGCCCCACCCGGCACGGCGUCCCAGGUCACACUGGCCGCCUGCUCCGGGCCCUGCUGUGCCUCAGCCUGCUCUUCCUGGUGGCCCACCUCACCUUCCAGAUAUGCCUGCACACCGUGCCCCGCCUGGACCAGCUUCUGAGGCCAAACUGCAGCCACUGGGAGACCUUCUUCCAACAUGUAGGGGUCACGAGGCUGGACCUGAAGGACAUCCCCAACACCAUCCGGCUGGUAGCCCCCGACCUGGGCAUCCUGGUGGUCUCCUCUGUCUGCCUCGGCCUCUGCAGGCGCCUCACACGGAAAGCCCAGCAGAGCCAGCGUGCCCAAGAGCUGGAUGAUGACGAGAGGGACAUGGACAACAACACCCUGGCAGAGCUGCAGGGAGCUCCUACACUGGCCCCUACUCGGAGGUCACGGCUGGCUGCCCGAUUCCGGGUCACAGCCCACUGGCUGCUGGUGGCUGCUGGGCGGACGCUGGCUGUAGUGCUGCUCGCACUGGCAGGCAUCGCCCACCCCUCGGCCUCAUCCAGCGUCUACCUGCUGGCCUUCCUGGCCCUCUGCACGUGGUGGGCCUGCCACUUUCCCAUCAGCUCCCUGGGCUUCAGCGCUCUCUGCGCCAUGGUGAGCUGCUUUGGCGCCGGGCAUCUCCUCUGCCUCUACUGCUACCAGACACCCUUCGCCCAGGCCAUGCUCCCACCUGCCAGCAUCUGGGCCAGGGUGUUUGGUCUCAAGGACUUCGUGGGCCCCCACAACUGCUCCAGCCCCAAUGCACUGGUGCUCAAUGCCAGCCACGAUUGGCCGAUCUACGUGAGUCCCGGCGUGCUGCUGCUGCUGUACUACACGGCGACCUCCCUGCUGAAGCUCCGCAGGCACCACCCCACGGGCCAGAGGAAGGAGGAGGCUGUGGGGGACGAGGAACGCGAACUGGAGCUGGAUGAGCUGGACCAGCAGCCCCAGGGCCAGGCGAGGGCUGCUGCUGCCCAGGACAGGGGUGCCACCCAGCCCGUGACGCCCACGGGGCCAGGUGCUGAGGCCGACAACUGCAUCGUGCACGACCUGAGCGGCCGGACCCCCACCCAGCAGCACCCCUUGCGUCCCAGGCUGACUGAGCCUCGAGAGACGUCCCCACUGCAGGGCCUGGGCCACCUCAUCAUGGACCAGAGCUACGUGUGCGCCCUCAUCGCCAUGAUGGUGUGGAGUAUCACCUACCACAGCUGGCUGACCUUUGUGCUGCUGCUGUGGGCCUGCCUCAUCUGGACAGUGCGCAGCCGCCACCAGCUGGCCAUGCUCUGCUCGCCCUUCAUCCUCCUCUACGGGCUGGUGCUGUGCUGCCUGCGUUAUGUGUGGGCCAUGGACCUGCGCCCCGAGCUGCCCACCACACUGGGCCCUGUCAGCCUGCGCCAGCUGGGGCUGGAGCACACCCGCUACCCUUGCCUGGACCUUGGCGCCAUGUUGCUCUACACUCUGACCUUCUGGCUCCUGCUGCGCCAGUUUGUCAAAGAGAAGCUGCUGAAGAAGGCGAAGGCCCCUGCUGCACUGACGGAGGUCACCGUGGAGGACACAGAGCCCACGCAGGCGCGGACACUGCUCCGGAGCCUAGGGGAGCUGGUCAAGGGCAUCUACGCCAAAUACUGGAUCUUCGUGUGCGCCGGCAUGUUCAUCGUGGUGAGCUUCGCCGGCCGCCUCGUCGUCUACAAGAUCGUCUACAUGCUCCUCUUCCUGCUCUGCCUCAGCCUCUUCCAGGUCUACUAUAGCCUGUGGCGGAAGCUCCUCAAGGUGUUCUGGUGGCUCGUGGUGGCCUACACCAUGCUGGUGCUCAUCGCGGUCUACACCUUCCAGUUCCAGGACUUCCCCAUGUACUGGCGCAACCUCACAGGCUUCACCAACGAGCAGCUGGGUGACCUGGGCCUGGAGCAGUUCAGCGUGUCCGAGCUCUUCUCGAGCAUCCUCAUCCCCGGCUUCUUCCUGCUGUCCUGCAUCCUGCAGCUGCACUACUUCCACCGGCCCUUCAUGCAGCUCACGGACCUGGAGCACGUGCCUCCAGCCCACAGCCGCCGCCUGGGCUGGACUCACAGGCAGGAUGCAGCAAGCACGGCUCCGCUGCUGCAGCAGGAGCAGGAGGUCCCCGGGGAUCAGGAGCUGGGCACAGCUGGCCCCUACCAGGACACACAGGUCUCUGAAGGCACAACCAGCAAGUGGGGCCUGGUGGCCGAGCGGCUGCUGGACCUGGCUGCCGGCUUCUCAGCCAUCCUCACCCACGUGCAGGUGCUGCUGCGGCGCCUGCUGGAGCUGCACGUCUUCAAGCUGGUGGCCCUGUAUACCGUCUGGGUGGCACUGAAGGAGGUCUCGGCGAUGAACCUCCUGCUCGUGGCACUCUGGGCCUUCGCCCUGCCCUACCCCCGCUUCCGGCCCAUGACCUCCUGCCUGUCCACCGUGUGGACCUGCAUCAUCAUUGUGUGCAAGAUGCUGUACCAGCUCAAUAUUGUCAACCCCCACGAGUACUCCAGCAACUGCUCCCAGCCCUUCCCCAACAACACCAACCUGCAGAUGACAGAGAUCCACCAGUCCCUGCUGUACCGGGGGCCCGUCGACCCCGCCAACUGGUUUGGGGUGCGGAAGGGAUAUCCUAAUCUGGGUUACAUCCAGAACCACCUGCAGGUGCUGCUGCUGCUGGUGUUUGAGGCUGUGGUGUACCGGCGCCAAGAGCACUACCGCCGGCAGCACCAGCUAGCCCCCCUGCCCGCCCAGGCUGUCUUCGCUGACGGCACCCGCCAGCAGCUCGACCAGGACCUGCUCAGCUGCCUCAAGUACUUUGUCAACUUCUUCUUCUACAAGUUCGGGCUGGAGAUCUGCUUCCUGAUGGCCGUGAACGUGAUUGGGCAGCGCAUGAACUUCAUGGUCAUCCUGCAUGGCUGCUGGCUGGUGGCCAUCCUCACCCGCCGGCGCCGUGGGGCCAUCGCCCGCCUCUGGCCCAACUACUGUCUCUUCCUCACGCUCUUCCUGCUGUACCAGUACCUGCUGUGCCUGGGCAUCCCGCCAGCCCUGUGCAUUGACUACCCAUGGCGCUGGAGCCAGGCCAUCCCCAUGAACUCUGCACUCAUCAAGUGGCUGUACCUGCCUGACUUCUUCAGGGCCCCCAACUCCACCAACCUCAUCAGUGACUUCCUCCUGCUGCUCUGCGCCUCCCAGCAGUGGCAGGUGUUUUCAGCCGAGUGUACCGAGGAGUGGCAGCGCAUGGCCGGUGUCAACACUGACCACCUGGAGCCACUGCGGGGGGAGCCCAACCCCGUGCCCAACUUCAUCCACUGCAGGUCCUACCUCGACAUGGUGAAGGUGGCUGUCUUCCGCUACCUGUUCUGGCUGGUGCUGGUAGUGGUGUUCGUCACAGGAGCCACCCGUGUCAGCGUCUUUGGGCUGGGCUACCUACUGGCCUGCUUCUAUCUGCUGCUGUUUGGCACUGCACUGCUGCAGAAGGACACACGUGCCCGCCUGGUGCUGUGGGACUGCCUCAUCCUGUACAACGUCACCGUCAUCAUCUCCAAGAACAUGCUCUCGCUCCUGUCCUGCGUCUUCGUGGAGCAGAUGCAGAGCAGCUUCUGCUGGGUCAUCCAGCUCUUCAGCCUCGUGUGCACCGUCAAAGGCUACUACAAUCCCAAGGAAAUGAUGGGCAGGGACCAGGACUGCCUGCUGCCCGUGGAGGAGGCCGGCGUCAUCUGGGACAGCAUCUGCUUCUUCUUCCUGCUGCUGCAGCGCCGGGUAUUCCUCAGCUACUACUUUCUGCAUGUCAGGGUCGACCUCCAGGCCACCGCCUUACAGGCCUCCAGGGGCUUUGCCCUCUACAACGCUGCCAACCUCAAAAGCAUCGAGUCCCACCGCAAGGCAGAGGAGAAAUCCCUGGCUCAGCUGAAGAGACAGAUGGAGCGCAUCCGUGCCAAGCAGGAGAAGUACAGGCAGGGCCAGGCAGGCCGUGGCCGCCACCAGGACCCCGAGGACCCCAGCCAGGAGCCAGGGCCCGGCAGUCCAGGGGGCUCCUCCCCGCCACGGCGACAGUGGUGGCGGCCCUGGCUUGACCAUGCCACAGUCAUCCACUCCGGGGACUACUUCCUGUUUGAGUCAGACAGUGAGGAGGAGGAGGCCCCGCCAGAGGACCCCAGGCCGUCUGCACAGAGCGCCUUCCAGAUAGCGUACCAGGCAUGGGUGACCAAUGCCCAGACGGUGUUGAGGCAGCGGCAGCAGGAGCGGGCACAGCAGGAGCAGGCAGGGCAGAUGCCCACCAGUGAGUUGAGCGACCUAUGGGCUCUGGUGCCGCUCCUCCAGCAACCCUGCCACCCUCCUGCAGGCCGCAGCCAUGUGAUGCAACGGGUGCUGAGCAUGGUGCAGUUACUGUGGGUGCUGGGGCAGGCGCUGGUGGACGGGCUGACGCGUUGGCUGCAGGCCUUCACCAGGCACCACAGCACCAUGAGCGACGUGCUGCGUGCUGAGCGCUACCUCCUGACGCAGGAGCUGCUGCGGAGCGGAGAGGUGCAUCCAGGCGUGUUGGACCAGCUGUAUACCAGCGCAGGCGAGGUCACGCUGCCAGGCCCCUCAGAGGCCCGUGAUGCACCGAGCACAGCAUCAAGUGGGCUGGGGGCCGAGGAGCCACUGAGCAGCAUGACCGAGGACACCAGCAGCCCCCUGAGCACUGGCUACAACACCCGCAGCGGCAGCGAGGAAAUCGUCACUGAGCCUGAGCCCGGGGACCCUGAGGCUGGGGCUUCCCUUCGCGGCUCCCAGGAGCUUCUGGCCGGUGUUCGCACCAAGAUGCGCACGGCCAGUGAGCUGCUGCUCAACAGGCGCCUGCGCAUCCCGGAGCUGGAGGAGGCUGAGCAGUUUGCAGAGGGGCAGGGCCGGGCGCUGCGGCUGCUGCAGGCCGUGUACCAGUGCGUGGCUGCGCACUCGGAGCUGCUUUGCUACUUCAUCGUCAUCCUCAACCACAUGGUCACGGCCUCGGCCACCUCCUUGGUGCUGCCCGUGCUCGUCUUCCUGUGGGCCAUGCUGUCCAUCCCGCGGCCCAGCAAGCGCUUCUGGAUGACGGCCAUCGUCUUCACUGAGGUCACGGUGGUCACCAAGUACCUGUUCCAGUUUGGCUUCUUCCCCUGGAAUAGCCACGUGGUGCUGAGGCGCUACGAGAACAAGCCCUACUUCCCGCCACGCAUCCUGGGCCUGGAGAAGACCGACGGCUACAUCCAUUAUGACCUGGUGCAGCUCAUGGCCCUUUUCUUCCACCGUUCCCAGCUGCUGUGCUACGGCCUCUGGGACCACGAGGAGGACCCGCUGUCCAGAGAGCAGGGCCGGAGGAGCAGGAAGGAGCAGGGCACUGAGGAGAAGCUGGUGGCCCCACUGGGACCCCAGACUGAGGCAGACACAGGGCCCCAGGAGGAGCCAGGGCUGGCUGGGGCCACCACCAAGGACCACAUCCAGGUGGAAGCAGAGGUCGGACCCAAGGAUGGGAUCCCAGAGCCCCAAGUGGAGCCGAAGACCCGUGACACGAGGCGCAUCAACCUACGUUUCAGGAGGAGGAAGAAGGACAGCCCAGAACCCAAAGAACCGGCAGCCGUUGAAGCUGAGGACAGGGAGGAUGAGGAGGAGGAGGAAGAGGCGGCUGGGAGAGAGAAGAGGCCAGGCCACUGUCGAGAACGAGUGCGGGCAGCUGGGCUCUGGCUGCAGGGCUUCUGCCUGUCGCUGGCCCAGGGUGUGUACCAGCCACUGCGGCGUUUCUUCCACGACAUUCUCCACACCAAGUGCCGCGCAGCCACUGAUGUCUAUGCCCUCAUGUUCCUGGCUGAUGUCGUCGACUUCAUCAUCAUCGUCUUUGGCUUCUGGGCCUUUGGGAAGCACUCGGCGGCCACGGACAUCACAUCCUCCCUAUCGGACGACCAGGUGCCCGAGGCCUUCCUGGUCAUGCUGCUGAUCCAGUUCAGCACCAUGGUCAUCGACCGCGCCCUCUACCUGCGCAAGACUGUGCUGGGCAAGCUGGCCUUUCAGGUGGUCCUGGUGCUCGCCAUCCACCUCUGGAUGUUCUUCAUCCUGCCCGCUGUCACCGAGAGGAUGUUCAGCCAGAACGCAGUGGCCCAGCUGUGGUACUUCGUCAAGUGCAUCUACUUCGCCCUGUCCGCUUACCAGAUCCGCUGUGGCUACCCCACCCGCAUCCUCGGCAACUUCCUCACCAAGAAGUAUAAUCACCUGAACCUCUUCCUCUUCCAGGGGUUCCGGCUGGUGCCAUUCCUGGUGGAGCUGCGGGCAGUGAUGGACUGGGUAUGGACAGACACCACGCUGUCCCUGUCCAACUGGAUGUGCGUGGAGGACAUCUAUGCCAACAUCUUCAUCAUCAAGUGCAGCCGAGAGACAGAGAAGAGAUACCCACAGCCCAAGGGGCAGAAGAAGAAGAAGGUCGUCAAGUACGGCAUGGGUGGUCUCAUCAUCCUCUUCCUCAUUGCUAUCAUCUGGUUCCCGCUGCUCUUCAUGUCUCUGGUGCGCUCAGUGGUUGGUGUUGUCAACCAGCCCAUCGAUGUCACUGUCACCCUCAAGCUGGGUGGCUAUGAGCCCCUGUUCACCAUGAGCGCACAGCAGCCAUCCAUUGUGCCCUUCACGCCCCAGGCCUACGAGGAGCUAUCCAGGCAGUUUGACUCCCACCCGCUGGCCAUGCAGUUCAUCAGCCAGUACAGCCCCGAGGACAUCGUCACAGCACGCAUUGAGGGCAGCUCUGGGGCACUGUGGCGCAUCAGCCCGCCAAGCCGGGCCCAGAUGAAGCGGGAGCUGUACAACGGCACGGCUGACAUCACCCUGCGCUUCACCUGGAACUUUCAGAGGGACCUGGCCAAGGGCGGCACCGUGGAGUACACUAAUGAGAAGCACACCCUGGACCUGGCUCCCAAUAGCACUGAGCGGUGGCAACUGGCCAGCCUGCUCGAGGGCACCUCGGACCAGUCAGUGGUCAUCCCCAACCUCUUCCCCAAGUACAUCCGUGCCCCAAACGGACCUGAGGCCAACCCUGUGAAGCAGCUGCAGCCCAAUGAGGAAGCUGACUACCUGGGUGUGCGCAUCCAGCUGCGGAGGGAGCAUGUGGGCACGGGGGCUGCUGGCUUCCUUGAGUGGUGGGUCAUCGAGCUGCAGGACUGCCAGGCUGACUGCAACCUGCUGCCCAUGGUCAUCUUCAGCGACAAGGUCAGCCCGCCCAGCCUUGGCUUCUUGGCUGGCUACGGGAUCAUGGGGCUGUACGUGUCCAUUGUGCUUGUCAUCGGCAAGUUCGUGCGUGGCUUCUUCAGUGAGAUCUCGCACUCCAUCAUGUUCGAGGAGCUGCCCUGCGUGGAUCGCAUCCUCAAGCUGUGCCAGGACAUCUUCCUGGUGCGGGAGACCCGCGAGCUGGAGCUGGAGGAGGAGCUGUACGCCAAGCUCAUCUUCCUGUACCGCUCGCCGGAGACCAUGAUCAAGUGGACUCGCGAGAAGGAGUAGGAGCCGGGCUCCUGGCGUACAGUGAAUGAAGGAGCCGGCCUGGCUAGGGAAACGUGGCUGCAUGGGCUGGGUGACGCUCCUCAGGCCGGGAGAACAGCAGCCCCAGUCCCAGGCCACCAGCUGUGACAUGCCCUCUCGGCCCACCUGAGCCUGAUGCUGCUGUCCCCUCCUGUUGCCCUUGUGGGCCCAGGGCUGGCCCCCCCUGCCCCAAGCGUACUGUAGAGUUUUCUAAUUAAAAACAUUUUUAUUUAUACAAACGAA